AUGAUUGUAGAAAUAUGCAUUUGUUAUUUCUUUCAGAUUUCAAAAAUGAAGAACAACCAGACAAUCAUUAAGGAAUUCAUCUUUGUUGGGUUUUCUCAUUACCCAGAUGUGCAGAUAUUACUAUUUGUGAUAUUUUUUUUCCUUUAUCUUGUCACUCUCUUGGGUAAUAUGACCAUCAUGGGCCUAACCUGGGUAGACAGAGACCUCCACACCCCUAUGUACAUCUUCCUGAGUGCACUGUCCUUCUCUGAGACCUGCUACACAUUGAGCAUCAUCCCCAAGAUGCUGUCAGAUCUACUAGCCAAUAACAGAAGCAUCUCAGCCAUUGGCUGUGGCUUGCAGAUGUGUUUCUUCUUGGGACUUGGUGGCACCAACUGCGUCCUUCUCACUUUAAUGGGGUAUGACCGCUUUCUGGCCAUCUGCAACCCUCUCAGAUAUCCACAGCUGAUGACCAAUGUGGUAUGUAAGCAACUAGUGGCCUGUGCUUGGGUUGGAGGAUUUUUUGUCUCUGUUACAGAGACUGCAUUGGUAUUUGAUGGCUUUUUCUGCAGCCCCAAUCUCGUGAAACACUUCUUCUGCCAUAUGCGGGCAGUUCUGAAGUUGUCCUGUCUAGAUAGUGAUCUUACAGAGCUUAUUGUAUCAUUGAUCCCAAUGACAGGAUUGCUAGCUACAUUCCUGCUCAUCAUCCUCACUUACGUUUUCAUUCUUUCCACCGUUCUAAGGAUUCCUUCAACCGAAGGCAAGCAGAAGGCCUUUUCUACCUGUGCCUCUCACCUCACAGUGGUCAUCAUCCAUUUUGGAUUUGCAUCUAUUGUUUAUCUGAAGCCAGAGGCCACAGGGGGUGACGACACUCUCAUUGCCAUCCCUUACACUGUCAUAACUCCUUUCCUCAGCCCCCUCAUCUUCAGCCUCAGGAAUAAGAGCAUGAAGAAUGCUUUCAGAAAGGUAUUAGAAAAGACCAUUGCUUUUAAUAAAUGA